AUGACUUAUUUACUACUACUUUUACUUGCUCAUUUAUUUGGCUUGGUAGAUUUGGGUGCUGCUAUGUUUGUUGGUGCUAACACUGAAAUCUCAAACGAUGUUCAAUCAAGUGCAUCUGAAUUAGAGGAAACCUCUGUAUCGGUUGCAAGUGAACUACAAGUGCUGGUUGAAACUCAGGAUUCUUUUGAUUUGGAAGAUCCAGAUGACUUUGUACAUUCAAUCGAAAUUGAUCCUCAUGAUCCUGUAUAUAGAAUCAAACUUGAUGAUGGUUCUCGCUGUUACAAUGCACGUCAGGACACAUUUGGUAAUUGUUAUAUUGAGGCUUAUUCGGGUCCUAUAGAUAUUAAGGAGGAUCCAAUUAUUAAAAUUGCUGGUUAUAAUUCUAAUUUCACUCUAUCCAACACAUACAAUAACAUUGAAGUACCAGUUGCCGGUGAAGAAUCAGUUGAUACUGAUGUUGCAGCAGAACAACCCAUUGAAUUGGAAAGUCCUGAUGAUAUCAUUAGAUUUCCUAGUGCUCUGAUAACAGUUAAAAAUGGAAUUUGGGAGUAUGAACCUGAUAUCUCAGGUCCAAUGGUCUCUCUUCGUAUAGAUGGUCAUUUAUCUGUAAUUGAGAUUACUCAUCAUACUUUGGAAGAUAUUGAUUACAAUAGUGAUUCAUUUCUGGUUACAGAAAGUGAAGAACAAACAGUUGAAUCUAAUGAAACUACAGAUGUACCUGAAGAUACUAUUAUGCCGGUUGAACCAACUACAACUACAGAAGAAAAUGGUGGUGGAGCUAUUUAUAUUGGUAAUCCUCGUACCCUCUUGCAUGAUGUGACUGUCGAUCCAAUUGUUGAUAUUCCUGUUGGCCCCUAUACCUUAAACAUCCCGAUCUUUACACUCGCACAGGGAAGAUUUGAUCCUUUUCAUUCGGAAGGCCCAACUGAUUCAUCUGAUUCUGUUGAACCUGAAGAAACAACUGAAAUUGGGUCUGGUUCUAACACCAUAGAGUUCCCUCUCUACACUGGUAUAGUGGUAGGUCCAGAUGGUCCAUUGAUCAUAAAUCCUUUGGAACCAGUUGAAACUUUGGCAACUGAUAAUACCGACCAACCCCAAGAUACAAUAGUUCCUGAAGGCCCAACCAACCCUGAGCAAACAGGUGUUACGGUUGAUCCUUCUCAAGCUAGAGAUCCAAUAAACCCAGUUCAAACGGAAACUCCACCUAGCCCUGAAGAUCCUCCCAAGCCUUAUGUUGAACCAGAAGAAACCAGUGAGCCACAAGAUCCAAAAGUUCCUGCUAACCCAGAAACUCCUGCUGACGUUGGACAAACAGAAACUCCAGUUAAUGCACAAACUCUGGAAGGUCCUGUUGCUCCUAUCGGUACUUCUAAACCUGCUGAUCCUGUUAAUCAACUGGAAGAUCCAGUUAUCCCAGAUGCUCCUGCUAAUACAGAAAGUCAAGUUAAUCCAAAAGACACAGAAACCUCAGUCAAACCAGAAGAUCCGGUCGAUCCAGAAAUUACUGCUACUGUAGAUACUCCUGUUGAUCCAGAACAUACUGAAACACCAGUGGUUCCUGAAGAUCCUGCUAAUCCUGAAGAUCCUGCUAAUCCUGUUGGUUCUGCUAAUCCUGAAGAUCCUGUUGGUUCUGCUAAUCCUGAAGAUCCUGCUAAUCCUGAAGAUCCUGCUAAUCCUGUUGGUUCUGCUAAUCCUGAAGAUCCUGCUAAUCCUGAAGAUCCUGUCAAUCCACAAGAUCCUGCUGCUCCACAAGGUCCUGUCAAUACUCAAGUCUUGACUGCUACAUCAGUUGAUCCUGAACAGACUGAAAAUCCAUCUGAUCCAACAAAAGAAGAAUUAGUUGAAGAUGAUCCAUCUGAUCCAACUCCUGUAACCUCAAAUGUUGCUCCUGCUGACCAAACUACCACACAAACUCAAGGUUCACAGAGUGGAAAUCCAUCUAACCCACAAUCACCUUCAAACCCAACCAGUAAUUAUUCUCAAGCAACAUCAGCAAGUCAAUAUUCUAAUCCAUCUUCAAAUCAAGGUAAUUCUAACUCGGCUGUAUCCCAAGGUAAUGGAGGAAAUCAAGGUAAUUCUAGUCCAUCAGUUCAAGUCAGUUCGAACCCAACGACUCCAACUUCCAACACAAGUCCAUCCAAUCCUGCCAACAACAAUAACAAUGCUGCUGCUGCCGCCGCCGCUGCUACUGCCGCUACUGCCGCUACUGCCGCUACUGCAACUGUCAACAAUGCCAGUCAACCAACUAACAAUGUGGCUUCACCACAAGGUACCAAUCAAGGAGGUUCUGCUGGUCAAUCUGGAUAUGCUAGUACUCCAUUACAACCAAAUCAAUUACAAACCAUAGUUACAGAUGUAACCAUGGUUGAAACAAUUUCUGAUUCGUUUACAACAUAUGUUACCACCAUCACAGAAGAAGUCACCGGUGUUGUUGAGGCAGAUUCAACUACUGUUGCUAUCAUCACACCAGUUGUUGAACCAAUCACUGUUACUUAUACUUCUGUUGAAGGAGGAUCAGAGGUUGUUUAUACUACUACAAUAACUCCAAUUGCAGAACCAUACACUGUUACAUUUACUGGUUCUGAUGAAGCUGGAUCAAAUUCUCAGCCUAGUGUUGUUGCUGCUGAUCCAGAAGAAAACAUUCAAUCUGAUUCUAACCAACCUGAAUCGACACUAGUUUCCUUUGAUAGCGCUAGUACUAGAGUUUCGACCCAUUAUUUGGCAUUAGUAUUGGGAUUAGUCCUUACUGUUUGCUUUGUAUAACUAUAGUUAGAAUAUAAAAGUAUAAUAGAUACCGAGUAUUUUU